CGGAGCUGCGGGAAGCGGCAGCCGCGGCGGCUCGUGCCUGCCUGGGCGCUCGGCUGGUAGCGACGGGUUUCCCGGGGUUGCCGGGGUUCUCCGCCCCGCCAUCACCGCCCUUCUGCCUCUCGCCGCCCGGCGUGACCCGCGCCUCUCCCGCCGCCUCCGCGCAGCCCUGGCGGUGCAAGGCAUGAAGCUGAGCAAAGCCCAGUACGAUGAGAUAGCCCAGUUCCUGGGGCACGUGCAGCCCACCCGGCAGAGUCUGAGGAAGCUGAAGGAGAAGUUUCCUAGUCAAUCGCAGUCCACUCUGCUGAGCAUCUUCUCCCAGGAGUACCAGAAACAAAUCAAAAGAACACAUGCCAAGCAUCACACUGCUGAAGCUAUCGAAACUUACUACCAAAGGUACCUGAAUGGGGUGAUGAAAAAUGCAGCUGCCCCAGUAUUACUGGACCUGGCCAAUGAGGUGGACUUUGCCCCAUCAUUGAUGGCUCGUAUCGUGUUGGAAAGAUUUCUACAAGAAAAAGAACAAACCAUCCCCUCCAAAACUCUUAUUAAUAGCAUGCUACGGGACCCUUCUCAGAUUCCAGAUGGAGUGCUAGCAAAUCAAGUCUAUCAGUGUACUGUGAAUGACUGUUGUUAUGGACCACUGGUGGACUGCAUCAAACACGCUAUUGGGCAUGAGCACGAAGUCUUGCUGCGCGAAAUGCUUUUGGAAAAAAAUCUCUCUUUCAUAGCUGAAGAUCAGCUUCGUGCAAAGGGUUAUGACAAAACACCAGACUUUAUUUUAGAAGUACCAGUAGCUGUGGAAGGACACAUAAUUCACUGGAUUGAAAGCAAAGCCUCAUUUGGUGAUGAAAGUAGCCACCAAGCCCACUUGCAAGACCAGUUUUGGAGCUACUGGAACAGAUUUGGCCCUGGAUUAGUCAUCUACUGGUACGGAUUUAUUGAAGAGCUGGACUGCCAUCGUGAACGUGGUAUCCUGCUAAAAGACUGCUUCCCUACUGACAUUGUGACUCUGCGACACAGCAUGGCUCAGCGCUGAUGUUGGGAGGAAGAGGUACUGUAGCAAAUGUCUGGUACACUGAAGUACAAAGGAACAACAUGCAGGAGCUGUCUUUAUGUGAGUUAUUUCUGAAGGAGUUUAUCAUGCUGGUGUUCAAGAAGGGGAAUCUAAAAAAAAGAUACAGCAGUGCUUCAUACUGGAUCAGUUCCACAAGACGAAUAAAGCACACAAAUGGACAGAAGUUUCCUGUGUACUUGUUUUCUGUAAGAGCCUUGUUUUUCUCUUGUUAGAACUACCAAGAUCGGAAGUUCAUUGAGCUGGGUGUUAGCCCUUUGUGAAGUUUUGAGUUCAGUCUCUUCUUUUUCCAUCCACAUUGCCACUCAGAGGAGCAAGACUGGGUCUCAGGUUUGUGCUCUCAGACCUUUCUUAGUGACAGCAGCUUGUUGGACUUCACACACUUCAGUACUCCUCUCUGUGCUAACUAUUACUCAGGAAAGGACAAAUAUUUUAAAAUGUCAGUGAGAGAUUUGCAUGUAUGCUCAUCAUGUUCGUAUUUUCUGAGAAGAAGAGCUAUGGAUUCAGCUGUAGAAAUAAAGGUCUGAUAACAGUCUCCCUAAAGCACAAGUUGGUGAUCUUUUCCAGAAGGAAAGGGUCUCUAAAACAUUAAAGUGCAUAUUCAUCACCUUUUUUUAGGUGAAGUGAUAUGUGUGGAAAGGAUAUUAAUCCUAUUCUGGAGUUUUUCAGCUGUAGUUUUCAGAUGCAUACACAGUAUUUUUAUUUUUAAUUUUUAGUUUUCGCCUUAAGACUUUCUGGUAAGUUUUAGACAGAAGUUUAUAAUUUUGAAAAAUCUUCAUUUUCAAGAAAAAAUGUCUUUAAUCUUCUAGUACUCUGUCCCUUGCUGCAGAGAUAAACUAGUAUAGCUCCACUGAGUUAUUGUUGUAUAGAGAUAUUUUCCUCGGUUUGAAUGUGUUAUAGUGAAGAGAUUUGUUUUUAAAAAAUAUUCAAGCACCUGUAACUCAUUUGCAUUCAGCUAUUUAAGGCAUUGUGCUGAGCUUAUUUUACCUGACCAGCUGUAAGGUAUCUGCCCAUACAGGUUCACAGAAGCCAUCUGUGAAUGUACCUGCCUGAUGCUGCACACAAAAGCUACAUUUAGGGUGUUACUCCCCCUGGGACUUUUAACUAUGGUUUAGGUUUAACUAUGGAAUGUGUAAAAUCAGCAAGAGAAUAAAAAAGAAGGGAUAACUGAACAAUGUCAUUGUAGAAAAUUCAGAAGUAAUGGUUGUCUGAGUGAAAUGGGCUUUAAAGGCAAACGGUAUUUGUUUUAGCUACUGCAUAUGCUUUCUGUUGUAUGAAAUCAUUUAAAUCAGCUUUUACAUGAUACACUAAUGCUGCUUUUUCUUUUUGAAUAAAUUAAAUUUAUCUGCACAGAUGUUGAAAAUUCUGCGAACCUUCAUCAAAGCUUUGCUUUAUUUGUUUUUACAUUAAACAAAUUUAUGUGGAGACACACAGAUAAAUCAUUUUAAGCUUAUAUUUGUGUAUUUACUCCUCUACCUAAUGACGUGAUAUAACAGGUUGGAAAGCAGUACAGCUGUCUUUAAUCAGAGCCUUGAACUCAUCUUCAUAUAUUGCCCACUUAAAGAAUCUGUAUUAGAAUGAGGAUGAAAUUAACCACAAAAGUCUAUAUACUGUACCAAUUUUAUUGCAUGCUAUCAAAAAAGCUUUGCCUCUACAAAAACUAUGCUGUGUCACUAUUUUAAAUGCUGAACACAAAGCAUAAAAAAUUAGGACUGUUGUGUUAUUACUACUUGUAUAUUGCAAAA